CAGCCGUCUGCCUGCCUGCCUUUUCCAGGAGUGGCGUAUCCGGAAAGUGGAUGUUCGGGAUAACAUGUCCAAUGUGUCGGAAGAGAGAAGCACUAGACAACAGGACAUUAAGAAAGGACUCCAGUUUAUAGAGUCUACUUUGCCCUAUCCAGGGACACAAGAACAAUAUGAGUUAUUUAUACGAGAGCUCGUUAGAAAUCUUUUUAAUGAAGGGAAUGAUGUAUAUCGCGAAGGUGAUUGGAGAGGAUCAUUGAGUCACUAUACAGAAGCUAUAAAUAUAGCUGAUUAUGCAAAUUCUGAAGAAAUCCAUGUUUCUGAUGAUAUUUUAGAGAAGCUGCACGUGAACAGGAUAGCAUGUUUUUCAAAGAUGGGGUUGCAUGAAAAAGUUCUAGAUGACUGUGAGAUAGCAUUAAGAUUGAAUGAAAACAAUUUCAGAGCUCUCUAUCGGAAAGCAAAAGCUUUGAAUGAAUUGGGAAAGUAUCAGAAGGCUUAUGAUGCUGUAGCAAAAUGUUCUCUCGCUGUCCCACAGGAUGAAAGUGUGAUUAAGCUUACCCAAGAACUAGCUCAAAAACUAGGGUUGAAAAUACGGAAAGCAUAUGUAAGAGCAAAGCCACCCUCCUCAAAUUCAGAUUCUAGUGAUGUGUCAACUCAGAAUUCUUCUUCUGUAGAAGAUAUUGAGUUAGAUUUAUCUGACCAGAAGCAAGAGGUCGUUUCUGCCACUGCUUCAUCAAGCUUUGUUUCCGAAGUGUCGACAGUGUCGUCAGUACCACCUCUAUCGGCUGCUUUGCCUCUUCAAGUGGAAAAGGUUUCUUUGCCUUCUGCAGUGUUGGCAAAUGGAGGGAAUGUUUCUUUCUCUAUGCCAGAAGCAUGUUUAGAUUGUGGAGAUGGAGAUAUAAUUAUUGGGGAAGAACUCGAUGAAUUACUUGAUUCUGUGCCUGAUCCAGAUGAAAGUGUAAUGCAAUCUGCAGGAGCCAGAGGACCUAUUGCUGCAGGAAGCGUCUCUCCCAGCGUGCCCUUCUCUGCCUCCUUGCUGGGGACGCUCCCAGUUAGUGCAGGAUUUGUUCCCUCGCCUUCUCUUUCAGAAAUAUUUUCACAGCCUUUAGCGGCUUCUCUGGAAAAUUUUUGUUCGCCAUUAAGCACAUUUUCAAUCAGUGACCCAAAAAGAGACCUCUCUAGUUCAUCUUCUAAGGAUGGAACACCAACCCUUAGCAGCAAUAAUUCCCCAUUGUUUAUAAAUGGCCCUAGUAGUUUGUUUGGGUCCGAAAAUUACAUGGGAGUUGCAGGCCAAACUAGAAAUGACUUUUCAAAUGUUUUUAGCAGUGCAACUGCUAAUAUACCUGUAUCUUCAGCACUUGUGGGAAGAAACCCAUUAGAAGGCACACAUGAGCUAAGACAGGCCUGCCAGUUAUGUUUUGUCAAAAAAGGUCCUAAAUUAUUGGAUUACGCUUACCAUCCCAGUUUAGAACAUAAAUGUAAGAAGGAUAUUCUAAUUGGCAGAAUAAAAAACUCUGAAGAUAAAUCAUGGAAAAAAAUACGUCCCAGACCAACAAAGACACAGUAUGUGGGACCAUAUUAUAUAUGUAAAGAUGUAGCUUCUUUAUUAAAAAGAUUUGAAAUGGAAAUGGUGGAAGUUUCGUGGUGAGUUUCCAACCAUUGCACGUUUGCGUAUUGCCAAGAGGAGAUUGAUGUGUGGACGUUGGAGCGCAAAGGAGCCUUUAGUCGAGAAGCUCUUUUUGGAGGAAAUGGAAAGAUCAACUUGACUGUGUCCCGACUUCUUCAAGAACAUCAUGGAUUAUUUAUGUUUCUUUGUGAGAAAUGUUUUGAUCACAAACCCAGAAUAAUAAGCAAAAGGAACAAGGAUAACUCAUCUUCUUGUUCUCACCCUGCUAUGCAUGACUUUGAAGAUAGCAAGUGCCUUGUCCACAUUUUGCGGGAAACUAUGGUGAAAUAUUCCAAAAUCCGCCCUUUUCAAGUUCGAUGUCAGCUUGACCUGUGCAGACAUGAGGUGCAUUAUGGCUGCUUGCGAGAGGAUAAAUGCUUUUACGCUCACAGUCUGGUAGAGCUUAAAGUCUGGAUAAUGCAAAAGGAAACAGGUAUUUCACAUGAUACUAUUGUUCAAGAAUCAAAGAAAUACUGGCAGAACAUGGAAGCUAGUGCACAUGGAUCACAGAUCCUUGGGAACCAAAUGAAAUAUGGAUCACUUAAUUUGAAGAUGAAGUUUGUUUGUGGUCAGUGCUGGAGAAAUGGUCAAGUUAAUGAGCCAGACAGAAACAAGAAAUACUGUAGUGCAAAGGCAAGACACCCAUGGACCAAAGAUCGCCGUGUGGUGCUGGUAAUGUCUAAUGAACGUAAGAAGUGGAUGACCAUUCGUCCUCUUCCCGCAAAGAAACAAGUGCCUCUGCAAUUUGAUCUGUGCAAUCAUAUUGCUUCAGGCAAGAAGUGUCAGUAUGAUGGAAACUGCUCAUUUGCUCACAGUCCUGAGGAAAGAGAGAUGUGGACCUAUAUGAAGGAGAACAGCAUUCAAGACUUGGAGCAGUUGUAUGACAUAUGGCUAAAGAGUCAAAAACCAGAAAAAGGAGAUGAUACGGCUGCUCAGGCAAACAGAGAAAAUGGGAAGCAAAUUCACAUGCCGACUGACUACGCUGAAGUUACAGUGGAUUUUCACUGUUGGAUGUGUGGGAAGAACUGUAAUAGUGAGAAGCAAUGGCAGGGUCACAUUUCUUCUGAAAAGCAUAAAGAGAAGGUUUUCCACACUGAGGACGAUCAAAACUGCUGGCAGUAUCGCUUUCCAACUGGAUAUUUUAGCAUUUGUGAUAGAUACAUGGCUGGUACUUGCACUGAAGGAAGCAACUGUAAAUUUGCCCAUGGAAAUGCUGAACUCCAUGAGUGGGAAGAGCGAAGACAAGUUUUAAGAAUGAAGCUCAGCAAAGCCAGAAAAGACCACUUGAUUGCUCCCAGCGAUAAUGACUUUGGAAAAUAUAGUUUUUUGUUUAAAGAUUUAAACUAAUACUGAGAUGACACAUACAUGUUAUCAGCUGGAAGCAUAAACCAGAAAAUUUGACAAUAAUCAAAAGCAUGUGACAGAAAAGCUGCAGGUUUUCUGCUUUUAUUGGCGUAUGUUGUUCCUCCUGAAGAGCAAAGUAUAGUAGAUUUAGGGGGAUUGAGCAGACCUGUCUGUGCUCUCAUGAAACAGAGUGGUGAUUUAAAAAAAAAUCUGAAGUAUUAUGUGCUUGCUCACCUUCUGUUGGACAGAAAGUUAGGAAAUAGAAGGGGGGAAGAGAGGUUAUGAUAUCUAGGAAGCCCCCUAGCAUCAGUCCUUCAGCUGAAGAACUUUUAAGGUAUCAAGGUAUUACGAAACAGAGUGUUACGGGCUAAGAAGAAAAUGAUGGAUGAAAAUUCUUCAGAUCUUUUAACGGAGAGGAUUUGUUUAAAACAAAGUUUGCUACUUAUCUA